AUGAAUAGAGUAAAUGAAUCCUUUCAAAUAACGUACAACAAUUACAAGCAAUCUCUGGAGGAACUUCAGAGUAAGAUUAUUGAGUUAGGUCAUGAUUUAGAAGAACAUGAAGUAGUGAUUGAUACUUUAUCAAAGACUGAUGAUAAUAGAAAAUGUUACCGUAUGGUAGGUGGCGCAUUAGUUGAGAGUGAUGUAGUGACCACCAAGCCUAUCCUAACUGUGAAGAGAGACAAUUUGCAAGAGACUAUUAGUAAGCUAAAGGCUGAAUUGGUCAAGACAGCAUCUAGGUUUGAACAAUGGAAAAAGGAUAACAAGAUUCAAGUUGUGAAGCAAUAG